CGGAGCCCAGGGCGCACGGAGCGGCGCGCCCCGGUCGGCCGAGCCUGGCUGGCGCCCCCGUCCCCCGCCCCUCUGUCCGUCGCCUUCCCCUCUCCACUUGCCUUCGCUCCCCGGCCCUGGGGCCGCACUCCUUCUCUCGCCUCCGUCCCGCCCCGUCCAGCCCGCGCUGCCCGGCUCCCGCAGGCCCCCGCGCUGCCCGCGUUCCUAUGGACAGACGCACAGACACCUGCAGGAAAGACACUGCUGAUCCUGUAACAUGGAGGAUUGCCUUCAUACCUCAUCUGAGAAUCUGUCCAAAUUGGUCAGCUGGGCCCACAGCCAUGGGACUAUUUGCAGCCUCAUUCCAAACCUGAAACAUUUGCUUUCAGAAGGUUCCCAUGGGAACCUGACAGCAAUGUGGGGCUGUAGUGCGGGCCAUGCUUAUCACUGGCCACUGACAGCUACUUGCAGAGCUGGCUCCCAAGAAAGGGUCUGUUUCCAGGAUAACAGAAGUUUUAACUCUGAUAGUCCCAGUAUAAUUGGAGUGCCCUCUGAGACACAAACUAGCCCCGUUGAAAGGUACCCUGGGAGACCAGUGAAAGCAAAGCUAGACUGUAAUCGGACCAGAGACUCUUAUGACUUCUCUUACUGCAGUGAGCCCUCCGAACUGGAUGAAGCUGUUGAAGAGUACGAAGAUGAAAACACUCUGUUUGACAUGGUUUGUGAGUCUUCUGUUACAGAUGAAGAUAGUGACUUUGAACCCCAAACCCAGAGGCCUCAAAGCAUUGCUCGAAAAAGGCCUGGAAUAGUUGCAUCCUCUCUCCAUUCGAGCUCCCAAGCUCAAAUGAUUGAUGAAUGCAGCAGUGAUGUCAUCAUUAAGAAAAUCAAACAAGAGAUUCCUGAAGAUUAUUAUAUUGUGGCGAAUGCAGAGCUGACCGGAGGGGUAGAUGGACCAGCCCUGUCGUUGACGCAGAUGGCAAAACCCAAGCCUCAGACUCACGCUGGUCCCUCCUGUAUAGGGUCUGCUAAACUGAUUCCCCAUGUAACAUCUGCCAUCAGCACAGAGCUAGAUGCACAUGGUGUGUCUGCAUCGCCCUCUGUGAUGUCCAGACCAAUUGUCCAGAAGACUGCCAGGGUGUCUCUGGCUUCACCAAACAGAGGACCCACUGGUGCCCAUGGCACCAGCCAGCAGGUGGCCAUGCAGAUGCCUGUGAGCACAUCCCAUCCUAACAAACAGAUCAGCAUCCCUUUGUCUGCCCUGCAGCUGCCUGGACAGGAUGAGCAAGUUGCUUCUGAAGAGUUCCUGUCCCAUCUGCCCAGCCAGGUCUCCUCCUGUGAGGUGGCCCUUUCUCCCUCAGUUAACACAGAGCCAGAAGUGAGCUCCAGUCAGCAGCAGCCCCCAGUCGCUCUAACCAUAACCACUGAGGCCACGGCACAGUGCAUACCAGCCUAUUCUACUAAGCUCAACAAAUUUCCUGUAUUUAAUAUUAACGAUGACUUGAAUGAUCUGUGUACCAGUGCAGUAAGCCCAAAUACGACCAAAGCGACACGGUAUGCCCUGAAUGUGUGGCGAUAUUGGUGUAUGACCAAUGGGCUCAAAGAUCACACAGACAUCACCAAGAUCCCUGCAGUGAAGUUGAACGAGCUGCUCGAGAACUUUUAUGUCACCGUCAAGAAGAGUGACGGCUCAGACUUCCUGGCCACAUCGCUCCACGCCAUCCGCCGAGGCCUGGACCGCAUCCUGAAGAAUGCAGGUGUGGGCUUUUCCAUCACCAGCAGCACCUUCAGCUCUUCCACCAAGAAACUCAAGGAGAAGCUGUGGGUGCUGAGUAAGGCAGGGAUGUCAGGGGCCCGUUCUCGCAACAUCGUCUACUUCUCCCUCUCUGAUGAGGAGGAGAUGUGGCAGGCAGGGUGUCUGGGGGAUGACAGCCCUAUCACCCUCCUGUCCACCGUGGUCAAGUACAACAGCCAAUACCUGAACAUGCGGACGCUGCAGGAGCAUGCCGAUCUGAUGUACGGUGACAUCGAGCUGCUCAAAGACCCACAGAACCAGCCCUAUUUUGCCCGGACAGACAGCGUCAAGCGGGAGAGUCGGAGUGGCUCCACGCGAGUGUGCCACGGGAAGAUCUACCACGAGCAUUCCCGGGGACACAAGCAGUGCCCUUACUGCCUCCUCUACAAGUACAUGUUCAUCCACCGGCCACCCACCCAAAUGGAGGCCAAGUCCCCGUUCUACCUUACCGCCAGGAAGGAGGCCGCAGACAUGGGCAGUGUGUGGUACGAGGAGCAGAGGAUGGGACUGCGGUCUCUCCGGGGAAUUGUCCCAAACUUAGCCAAGAAGGUCAAGCUGGAAAACUGUGAGAACUUCACCUUCGUCUCGUUUACUCAGGUCUCCCGGAGGCUUGGCUCCCACCGCUGCUGCCAGUGAGUCAUCCCUGGGUCCUGGCUCACACUGGCAGGCGGGCGCCCCCCCCCCCGCAGCCAAGGCGGCUUCUGAGGCAACAGGGUGCCAGUGACUUCAUGGUCAGGCUGGUCCCUGUCAGUGGGGCUUCCUAUUUCUUUGACUUGCGGUCUGUGUUUUUUAACUGAAAGUAGAUGAGUGACUAUUUAGGAUGUUUUAUCCAGAUGUGUGUCACCUUUGUUAAAUGAUAGAAUCUAAGACAAUGUAUAAAUUGCUACAUACACAAGAGUGAGGACGUUCAUUUUAUCUAGUGCCUUUUUAGCACAGAUUUUCUAAAAAAGAGAGAGAGAAAGAAAACUGUUUAAGUAGUCAUUAAAAAAAAAAAAUCCCAGUAGCCUCGUAGCUUUAGAAUGUCAUGAAGACGAGAAACAUUUUGUUGAAUUACACUCACAGUGAGCCAUGAGGAAGAGAGAGGCAGACAUGUUAACCACUUCCAGGAGAAAAAUUGCACUUGGCACUCCUCUUUAUGUUUUGCUGAUGGACAACUUGGUCCUGCAGAGCAAGCAGCCUCGCUUGAUGAAAGGUGGUGGAGCGCCACUCAGUCAUGCUGAUAGGAAGGCAGGGGCUGCUCUCAGCACUGGGAGGGGCUUGAUCUCUGCAUCAGUGGAGACAAGAUUCAUGCACCAAAUGGUGCUUGUGAGAACAAGGUUUCCAGUGCACUGGAUGGUGCGCACCAUGAGGGAAUUUCCAGUAGUGAAAGUGUCGUGGAAAUGCGGUCUGUGAUCAAAACGUGAAAAACCUCCUGAAGCAGAAGUGCCUACAUGUUCUUUCUCAGUGUCAUGUGAAAGCUAUUUUCGUUUGAACAUUUUUUAGAUGUGUUUUUUUUUUUUAAUCUGUUCUUUGUGUCAUACAGUUGAUCUGUAAGCGUAUAGCACUGGAUCUGUCAAACAACUGAAAGUAAUUUUCAGGCUUAACCAGGAAAAUCCAACAAAAGCUGCAAAGAAAACAAAUCCCAAAAUGUGUUAAGAGUUUUGAAAUAUUUUUGUCAAAGGACGACUCUUUCAGCCGCAAGAGAUGUCAUCAUUUUAGGUUGGCACCAGUGCUUUGGACACGAUGAUUUAGGCAACCUACCAGGUAAGCAAACCCAGCAUCAGACCAUGAUGACAGGUUAUUAAUACAGUUUGAAAUCAUUUCACUCAGGUGAGAUUUGACCUGACCACAUGUUAUUCAAAUAUUAACAGAAUGUUAUAAUAACUGCUCUGAAUAAGUGAAAAAAGAAGCCCAAAGAGUACUAAUUAAUAAUAAUAAUUUCUAGGGAAUCUUUAUUUUGCAUUUGAUGAAAGACUACUACAACUUUAUACCAUUUUGUUCCUGUGUAUGCUUUCUAAUCCACAAUUGAAAUUUCAGUAUACAUUCAUUUUGUAGGAGUCCUGAAAUCAGUCCUAUUUCUUUUUCAAAACGUUAUUUUAGUAUUUAUUUCAAUUAAUUGUUUUAAAAAAUCAUUCACUGGUCAUUGAAAUAUAUAUAAUACUUCCUUUACUGGAGAAGACUCAACCAAUGCUGCCUUAAGGUUUAAUGUUUUAAUGUUCCCUUUUUAGUUCCUGCACAUUUAUAAUUUUGUUUACUAGUUGAUCUUUCCUGAAUAUAGAUUAACUUUGGUAUGUCUCCAUCUGCAUAUAAAUAACAGGUAAUAGUUAAUAAGUAUUCUAACUUGAUAUUGCAUACUGUUCUGUUGUGGUUUCCUAUAGGGAUUUUAGGGUUUUGAUUAAAAAGAGACACAAAACAUGAGGUACAGUUUCCUUUAGUUGCUGAACACCCAAAGGAAAUUUUGUUUGAGGAAAGCAAAUGGUCAUUUUUCUUGUGAGCACUGCACUUAAACAUGUGAACUGUUGGGCAGAGCCUGCAGCCUAGUUAAUGAGACCUCCAUUUUUAUCUUAAAUAGAUUCAAGAAGAAAUUGCCAUUAGGUAUCAGUGGGAGCUUUUCAGAUUUUAACAUUUCCAAAAGUAGCAAUAACUGAUCCCGAGGCUGUCAUCUUUCUGUUGAUAGUGGCUUUUCAUCAGCUGAAUAACAAUCUCUGCCUCAGAUUUGUCGUUUAUCACCUAUUUGAUGCACUUUCAACCCUCAAAGUUCUGAAGUGAAUGAUUAUAAUCAAAAUCAGGAGGUAGAAUCUGCAGUGAUAUCUGAUGGAAGGAAAGAAUCUUAUUUCAGCAUCCUAAAUGCCGUUCAUUACAUGCCUCCUUGGGGAAUGGGAGUGAGAAAGAAAACAUUUAUCAAGAGCUACUCUGUGCCACCCACUAUAUAGGUACUUUUUCUAUUAUAUAUUUGUGUGUAGGCAUGUACAUGUGUAUGCACACACACACUUUAAGUUGAGGUGUGGUCACACCCAGUAAACCUGCUAACAUGGUGAAGCACCUGUCCAUCUAUAUGGCUGUGUCCAUGCUCAGAGGAUCUGAAGGAGGCCAGAGUAGCCAGUUCUAGUUGGGCUUCAGAGCUAAGGCAGUUGUUCUGUCUUUUCAGCCAGCCGUAAACCAUACCCACGGGGGACUCCAGGGUUUUCUACUGUUGGCCUAAGACAGGAGAAAGGAGAAUCCCAAGAGAAGAAAGGGGGAGGUCCAGAGUGUUCUCCCCACUUACCUUUAGCUUUUUUUACUCAAAAGUGGGAACGAAUAUUGGGAAUUUGCACGUUCACCUAGGCACAAGUUGCUGCGGCUCUACAUCAGGAAUGGUGGUGCUGUAGGUGUUAUGGGAGCACCUGUGGAGUCCUUUGGGCGAGCUCUUGCCCACAGCACCUUCUGCCCCUGCUCUAAAGGGAGCCUUGUUUGCUUGGUACCUCCUCCCCAGAAUCUAGCUGGUCUCCCCUUGGAAUUUUAUUCUGGCAGAGAUGAUCGGGGCUUCAGCUUAAAGGGUAUGAUUCAGUGAAAUGUAAAGGCUUUAGCACAGCACUUUUCACAUAGUAAUUAUGCAGUAAAGCUUAGCUAUUUUAGUUAUAACGUGGUAAAAGUAAUAAGAUUAUUCAGCUAAUCUGCAUUAUACUACUUAUUCCUUCCAUUAUGGAGAUUCUCUCUCCUUUAAACUGUUAAAUUUGAAGAGGAAACCAAACCUAAUAAUCUGGUCACAUUUAUACCCAUAAAUUCUACCUCCAGCACAUCCCAGCCCUGAUACCUCAGAUAUAAGCAAAAACAAAUUAAAGAAUAGAGAAGCCCUGAGAGGUUUUGUGAGAAAGUCUUUCCAUUGUUUAGUAUGUUUGCAAAGGGGAGUGUUAUGGGAAAACCUAACCAAAGUUGUGAAAUAAGUGGUCUCCUUGGUCAUGUGGCAUGUCCCACCUUUCUUUGGAUUAUCACCCUGACUGAUAAGUGGUAUUUACAGAAAUAUGAAACUCUGUUACUUUGAUUUUUAUUUUAAUUCGUCCUUAUUAAAAGCAUCAUGCGCUAUACCCACCCUAUCAGCGUGUUCAUAGACAGCUGUGGAGAGAAUCUAGACAAAAUUAUUCGCCUGUAGAGCGGAAGCCUCUGGCUAGAGAAGGAAGAUGACCAGACUGGCCGCGCCUUCUCUACUCACCUGGCAAAUGCUGGUCUCACUUUCCUCAGCUGUAAAGUGAGAUCAUUGGAACGGAUCAUCUCCGAAGUGAACAGUGUUACAUUUCUACAGUUCCUCAAGGCCAUAUAGUUAGGAAGUGGCAAAACUAGGAGGCCGAGUUCCUAAUUCCUCACGAUCAUAUACUGAAUCUCCUGCAUUAGUGCUUCUUGCUAUAUUGGAACAUGUUCUUUAUGAAUAAUAAUUUUCUUGAAGUUUCAGGUUUCCUAACUCAGAUUAUUUUGCUAUCUUUAUAGGCAGCAGAAUGUUGAUUAUUUUUCUCAGAUUAGGCUAACAUUAAGCACAUUAUUACCACUUAAAUAAACAGAAUGUUUAAAUAUUACACUUAUCAGACAUGCAUCACUUUGUUGCUUUUAUUGAAAUCUGGAUUGCUAAUCCUUUUUGAGCUAGUAACCAGUUACCUUCAGGCAUCAAGAAAUGCAAACAAUGAAGACCUCAAAGAAGAGUUACCUCAUUUUCUCUACAGAAGCUCCAGUUUAGUCUAAGUUAAGGCCCUUACAUAUUGAGAAACUAUUAACAAAUAGCCCUGAACCGAAGAAUACAUGAAAAGUUUCAAAUUUGUAUGUAUCUUUAAAUGCUGUUACUUUGGGGAUGAAUUUUUAAUGCUCUGUUUUAAAAGAAAAACAUUCAGUUGUUUAGGCAGAGUUCUUGGGUAAAAAUCUUUGUUGAAUUUUUCCAUAUAAAUUAUCACCUGAGCAAAAACAUGAGUGGGGGGAGAGAUUGGUGAUGACCUAAAGCCGAACUCCUUUUCUGAGAGAAGAGGAGGCUGUGGGGGAUGAACAACUAGCUUCUCUCUGGAAAUUCCUAUCUGUUCUGUACUCGUGUAUCCUGACACCAUAGGGUUUCCCAAAACUCCUUUGCAGGAGGCUGCCCAUCCUUCUCGCAAAGUUCCCCAAUUAUUAUGAUGAUGAUUUUGAGUACUUCUAGUUCUCUACAGCCCAAGAAAUCCAGAGAGUUUCCUUGUGUUUUAAUUGUUGAUCAGAAUCAGAUUUUUAUGCUCAAAGUGCUUUCUUACUUAUCUAUCAUUUAUCUAUAUUUAUUAUUUAUCUACAUUUAUCUAUCAUUUGGAAGUUCAUAAUUUCAGGAAAUAGUUAUUAAGACCAAAAAAGAUGAUUGGAUUAUAUGUAGAUGCAUAUUGCUUCCAUUACUAUUAAAA